AUGGUCAAGGCAAAGGACUUCCUCCCGCCCGACCCCCGGCCGUCCAAGGCCCACCCGGAGAUGCGCGCGCGGCGCAAGCAGCUGGAGAAGGAGCACGGGUACGGGUGGGUGCCGCCCGUGGUGCUGGGCCUGCUGGGGCUGACGCUCGCGUACGACGUCACCCGUGAUGUGGAGAAGUACGAGAAGAUGAAGGACGACGGCAAGGACGAGCGGGCGCAGGACCGGCGGGAUGAGGCCGAGGGCGACGAGGCUCGGCGGCGGAGACGGCGCGAGAGGAGGCGGGAGGAGCUGCGGUCGCGGUCGCAGCACCACGGGCGCGGGAGUGACUUUGAUUCGUGGGACAGCCGGGACGACGAGGGCAGGGGAGGGAGUGAUCGGAGCAGGAGGGACAGGGAGCGGGAUGGUGGCCUGACCAGGGCGGAUCGGCUGGAGAAGGGCGAGGGCGGGCCGUGGGACCAAGACCGGGAGCGGGAGAGGGACCGGCGGAGGGGCAGCGUGUAUGAUGCCGACGACUACUAUGACGAGGAUAGGCCUAGGCGCCGCGGGAGGGAUGGUGGUGAUGAUGAUUCUUACGAUUAUGAAAGGGGCAGGAGGGCGAUUGAGGAGCGGAGGGGCCGGCCCAGAAUGAGGAGGCACUCGAGUGACUGCCUUCCUCAACCACCAGCAAACAGCAACAUGCGUCUCACGUGGCUCCUCCUCACCGUGCAGGCGGCAGUCAUCGCCCACGCCCAGUGCGACGACCUCUUCAUCAGCCAGGAAGGGUCCGCUUUCGGCAACUGCCUCAACUGGUGCUUCGACACGAACCAGGGCCAGCCGCAGUCGGUCGUCGACAACUGCCGCAAGGAGAAGUGCGGCGACUGUCCUCAUUAA